UGCAGGUUUUACAAUGUCUUCAGAAGAACCAGAUAUUGGAAAACUGCAUCUAAAUGUAAUUAAACUACGCGACCACCUUGAAAAAGUAGUAUUGGACCAGUACACAGCCUUGAUAAAAUCUGAAGCUCGGAAGAAGGAUCUUACCAAGGAGCUUGAGCGGAGUGAAGCUCGGUGCCAAGAACUUAGGAAAGUACUUGAGCAGACUGAAGCUCAAAAGAAUAAGGAAGAUCGUGGAGAGAGUGAAGCUCAAAACAAAGAGCUUGAAAACUAUCAUGGGAAUAAAGGGCUAAAGAAAGAACUCGAGUUCUGUGAGGCUCGAGGGAGAGAACUUAAGAAAGAACUUGAACUCAGUGAAGCUCAAAAGAACAAGCUUAAGAACCAACUUUUUCAGAGUGAAGCUAAAAACAAUGAGGUCAAGAAACAACUUGAGCAGAGUGAAGCACAAAUUAACCGGUUAAAUGAAAAUCUUCAGAAGAUUGAAGCUGAAAAGAGAGAGCUUACGAAAAAUCUUCAGGAGAGUGAAGAUCAAAAGAAAGAGCUUAAGAAUUAUCUUCAGCAGAGGGAAGCAGAAAACAAAGAGCUCGAGAAAGAUCUUUAUCAGAAAGAGGUAGAACUGCAAGAAUCGAAUGAGCUGCAACAUAAUGCUGAUGAAACAGUGGAAUGGCUGAAAGAAGAACGAAAGCAAUGGCGGGACCAAGAGGUUAAACUUCACAACAAAAUCAGCAUAUUGGAAAAGCAGCGUGACACCAACCGCAAACAUGUGGAUGGGCUGGAAGUUAAUAUCCAUGAAAUUGAAGGAAAGUUUAAGGAACUGGAAGAGGAGUUGGGCAAUAACAAAGCCCUUAAUGGAGUACUUAUUGUCAACGAGCAUGAAAAGAAUGUUGAGCUGCAGGAGGCUCGCAAAGCGCUCAUCAUUGGACUAAGUGACUCAAAAAGCCAAACUUGUAUCGGCGUGAAGAGAAUGGGAGAGCUUGACAAUAAACCAUUCCGUAGUGCGCUCAAAAGGCCCUGUCCUUCAAAAAGAGGUGCCGGUCUAGAUGGUAAGGCCAAGAAGCUAUGUUCUCUAUGGGAGCAGCAUCUGAGAGAUCCAAAUUGGCAACCAUUCAGGAUUAUAAUGAAUGAGCAACAAAAGCCAACGGAAUUCAUUGAUGAACAAGAUGAAAAGUUGAGGGGCUUAAGGGAGGAGUUUGGUGAGCAAGUUUUUCAAGCUGUGAAAACUGCCUUGGCAGAGUUGAAUGAGUACAAUCCCAGCGGCAGGUUUCCCGUGCCAGAGCUUUGGAACUUCAAGGAAAAAAGGAAGGCAACGGUAGCAGAAGGAGUCUCGUAUUUGAUGAACCUUUGGAAACCAAAUAUAAGAACACGUAGAAGCUCUCAGAUCCUAAACAAUCAGUUAAGGUCUCCAACUAGGUAAGUUGUACGAGGCAACUUGGUUCUAAUUAAACAGAGAAGUCACUGAAACUAUCUGUUAUAAUGCUAUUGUUAAGGACCAUAUUGAGAUAGAAACUAUAUGCUUCAAUGUAUGAGACCUAAACUUAAUGCAGAUAAUUUAUGGCUA